AAUUCUCCCCCCAUGGCUACAAUAACUGACCAGGGUUGCAGCUGUGCUUCCUGGAUUGCCCGGCUGGCUUGCGCACGGCUCGCCCGGUCUCCCCUUUGCCCUUUUCCUUCUCCUACUUCAACGCGUGAGACCGGAGUCUCGAUCAUACGAACGGGUUCAAGGGCAAGCAGAUGGCCUCUUCUGAAGCACAACGCAGGUGCCUCGACGCCUUCGUCGUCGCGUUAAGCCAGUGCUACGAGGGCGGGGAGAAGCGCUGGUAUACGUCUACUCUGCAGCUGCAGCUGGCGUCCUUGGAGUUCUGCGGAGCAUGUAGAAGCAUCCCGAUGCUACAUGUCUUUGUGGAUGCCGAAACACCUCCCACUCUGUGGUCUCUUGGCCAAGCCAACCCGACUGCUGGCACCUCUACCCGCGUGCCGGCCGUGCGGGCUGUUGGCUUGACGUGGGCACGUCCGACGGAGUCUCCGCUGGGGAGUGCUUCAAGCGAGCUCUGGACAAGGCUAGAAUCUCUGCAGCUACAGGUCUCUCUUCGCACAGCUAAUCUUGACUCGGUGGUUUGGCCUCAAGGGCUCCAAAGGCUGGUUAUGGACUGUCCGUUUUGUAUGAUCCCACCGGAGAUGAUGUCGUGGCCGUCCUCUUUGAAGAGCCUGACGUUUGCGGGCAUUUUCGACCAACCCAUCAACGAGAUUGUGUGGCCGGCCUCCAUACAGAAACUAUUUCUUGGUUUUCGCUUCAACCAACCCAUCAGCGAAGUCGUGUGGCCGGCCUCUCUCCAGCAGCUAUCUUUCGGGUACUGGUUCGACAGGCCCCUUGUUGGAAUGAUGUGGCCAGCGUCCCUGCGUAGCCUGUCGUUCGGGUUUCAGUUCAACCAUCCCGUCGUCGACGUUGUGUGGCCUGCCUCCCUGCAGCAUCUGUUUUUUGGUGUGUCCUUCAACCAAGAGGUAAGGCAAUUUCAUCGCCGUGAGUAAAGACGCCUCACAAAACAAGUAGUGCUGGGCAGAAAUGACGCGAGACAAACUCAGUUUUGUUGGAGUAGAUCGUAACAAUGUUUUGUUUUUGGGGUCUAUUUUUCCAGAGUAUUGUGUGCAGUGCGAUGGCAAUAAUAUAGGAAGUAUCAAGUUUGUAAGUUUUUGUAGUAGUCGCCCGUCCACACUCGCGAUACAUGGGUGCAAGGACGGUAGAUAAUCAUUCUCUCAAAUAAUGAUGCUUACGAUGAGUAAUAGGUAUAUGCAUUGGUCGAAAUUCAAAUUCGCCCCCCCCAAAUCGGAGCCGACGAUAUAGCAUAGCUAGGUGGGUGGGUUGACGUGACGUUCCGCUCGUUCACUUUCACUUGAACAACAUGGCGUGACGGAGUCCGGGAGGCAUGUCAUACUAUGUAGACUAAACCACCACGCCACGCUGUGUUGUAGCGGUUCCCGACACUUUCUUUGUUUCUGAUUGCCGUAGGACGCUCCCUGCUGAUAGUUAUGAUGGAACACCGCGAUUUCUGCACCACUAC